AUGUUCCCCUCUACCUCUGGUGCUCCCCUCUACCUCACUGCCUCAGGUGCUCCCCUCUACCUCACUGCCUCAGGUGCUCCCCUCUACCUCACUGCCUCUGGUGCUCCCUUCUACCUCACUGCCUCAGGUGCUCCCCUCUACCUCACUGCCUCUGGUGCUCCCCUCUACCUCACUGCCUCAGGUGCUCCCCUCUACCUCACUGCCUCAGGUGCUCCCCUCUACCUCACUGCCUCAGGUGCUCCCCUCUACCUCACUGCCUCAGGUGCUCCCCUCUACCUCACUGCCUCUGGUGCUCCCCUCUACCUCACUGCCUCAGGUGCUCCCCUCUACCUCACUGCCUCUGGUGCUCCCCUCUACCUCACUGCCUCAGGUGCUCCCCUCUACCUCACUGCCUCUGGUGCUCCCCUCUACCUCACUGCCUCUGGUGCUCCCCUCUACCUCACUGCCUCUGGUGCUCCCCUCUACCUCACUGCCUCUGGUGCUCCCCUCUACCUCACUGCCUCUGGUGCUCCCCUCUACCUCACUGCCUCAGGUGCUCCCCUCUACCUCAUUGCCUCUGGUGCUCCCCUUUACCUCACUGCCUCUGGUGCUCCCCUCUACCUCACUGCCUCUGGUGCUCCCCUCUACUUCACUGCCUCUGGUGCUCCCCUCUACCUCACUACCUCAGGUGCUCCCCUCUACCUCACUGCCUCUGGUGCUCCCCUCUACCUCACUGCCUCUGGUGCUCCCCUCUACCUCACUGCCUCAGGUGCUCUCCUCUACCUCACUGCCUCUGGUGCUCCCCUCUACCUCACUGCCUCAGGUGCUCCCUUCUACCUCACUGCCUCUGGUGCUCCCCUCUACCUCACUGCCUCUGGUGCUCCCCUCUACCUCACUGCCUCUGGUGCUCCCCUCUACCUCACUGCCUCUGGUGCUCCCCUCUACCUCACUGCCUCAGGUGCUCCCCUCUACCUCAUUGCCUCUGGUGCUCCCCUCUACCUCACUGUCUCUGGUGCUCCCCUCUACCUCACUGCCUCUGGUGCUCCCCUCUACCUCACUGCCUCUGGUGCUCCCCUCUACCUCACUACCUCAGGUGCUCCCCUCUACCUCACUGCCUCUGGUGCUCCCCUCUACCUCACUGCCUCUGGUGCUCCCCUCUACCUCACUACCUCAGGUGCUCCCCUCUACCUCAUUGCCUCAGGUGCUCCCCUCUACCUCAUUGCCUCUGGUGCUCCCCUCUACCUCACUACCUCAGGUGCUCCCCUCUACCUCACUGCCUCAGGUGCUCCCCUCUACCUCACUACCUCAGGUGCUCCCCUCUACCUCACUGCCUCAGGUGCUCCCCUCUACCUCACUGCCUCAGGUGCUCCCCUCUACCUCACUGCCUCAGGUGCUCCCCUCUACCUCACUACCUCAGGUGCUCCCCUCUACCUCACUGCCUCAGGUGCUCCCCUCUACCUUACUGCCUCAGGUGCUCCCCUCUACCUCACUGCCUCAGGUGCUCCCCUCUACCUCACUGCCUCAGGUGCUCCCCUCUACCUCACUACCUCAGGUGCUCCCCUCUACCUCACUGCCUCAGGUGCUCCCCUCUACCUCACUACCUCAGGUGCUCCCCUCUACCUCACUACCUCAGGUGCUCCCCUCUGCAGCAACACCCGCUAUAAAGGUCAAGAACGAUCUGACAAGCGUCAAAUACGACGUUUUGCUUAA